AUGUCAAUCCUUCAACGACUGGAUACACCAAGUACAUAUGUUGAUCGAUAUUCAAAGCGCUCAAAUAAGGAUAUGCCAUUGAAUCGUUCUAGUACACUUUAUGUUGGGAAUUUAUCGUUUUAUACGACAGAGGAACAAAUAUAUGAGCUUUUUUCCAAAUGCGGAGAAAUUAAAAGAGUUAUUAUGGGGUUAGAUAGGUUUAAUAAGACACCCUGUGGGUUCUGUUUUGUAGAAUAUUAUUCGCAUGAACACGCAUUGGAUUGUAUGAAGUUUAUUAAUGGAACAAAACUUGAUGAUAGGGUAAUCCGGACAGAUAUUGAUCCAGGUUUUAGAGAAGGUAGACAAUAUGGUCGUGGAAGAAGUGGGGGUCAGGUAAGAGAUGAAUAUCGAACGGAAUAUGAUCCAGGAAGAGGAGGUUGGGGUUAUCGACGAGCAGAAGAACGACAAAAAAAUAUUCAACAGAAACACCGAUCUGAUCAAGAUUUAAAUAGGCUUUCUCAGUCGCCAGAAAAAAAUUAA